CUUUCCUACUUUUCCUUUCUAAUUUUCCACUUUUGGCCAUAAGUCGUCACCAUGCACGCCGCUACUGCAUUCCUUGCCCUGAGUGCGGCCUUGCCCGCCGUCCUCGCCUACGAUCCCGAAUUCCUCACCUGGUGCCACGAGUCAGAGCUGAACGUCAACGGCGUGCGUUGCCUCGGCUGGCAAAUGCCUAACAAGUGCGUUGAUUGCCUGAUGCCCAUCGAGCAUCAGUGUCCCGGCGAUUGGGACUCAGACGAGUUCCUCGACUGCUUCUGCCCCAUCCCCACGGGGCAAUGGCCCAAGAUCCAAUCGUGCUUCAACAACGCCGCCAAUGAGUGCCAGGGCAGCCCUAGCGAGGUCUUUAACGCCUACUCCACCAUGUGCUUCAAGUGGAGAGAGAGACAGGCCGAGUAUGUCUGCGAGCCCAAGAACCAGGAGGGAAAUCUCGCCGUAAGCAAGUUGACCAGAUUCGUGUGCCCGGACCCUGACGCCCCCAAGCCUCCCAAGCCGACUACCUCCUCAACCCCCAAGUCUACCUCCUCAGUGUCCGGGCUCCCAUCAUCAUCUGCAGCAGUCCCCAAGCCCACCACCUGCUCUACCGCUUCCACCAGCAAGCCUUCCCCUACUGGUACCGGAAACAAUGGCACCGUGCCCUGCGGCGGGCCUGGCUGCGGUACCCCCCCGGUCGUCGCUGGUGCUGGUGCCGCCCAGCUUAGCGCCGCCGCCGUCUUGGCUGCUGCUGCCGCUGCCUUCCUAUAAGGGUUUUUUUCCUAAAUAUUAGGACACUGCGCUACACUCGUCUUUAUUCUUUACAUGUGUAUAUGUUUGUAUGUUAUAGAGUUUGACAAUAAAAACACAU